UUUAUGCAGUUUUAAAGUGACGCACUAGUUACGGCUUAGAGUAAUCUAUGCAGAAAGACUCAAUUAAUUCGCGACGCUUCGUUACAUUUUAUAUAACACUUUAAUGUGGUCGGUGGUCAAGAUUUGUUUUUAAAUAUAUUUAGUUUUAUUACGUCUGCGGGCUGUAGCUAUCGUGUUUGAGUGAAAUUUGGUUUAAAGACGAUUUAGUUGUGAUGCAAAAUGGAACGUUACACAGUGACUAGAAGAUCAUCAAAAAGGAAAAACGAUGGACUGCUAACUCGUUGGAGGAAGAAAUAUGUUGGCGGUAUCCUGAAUAAGCGGUCAUGGAUCACAAGUGGAUAUGACCUAAAUAAUGCCAGUUAUGUGAUCAACAGACGGUAUUCGAAGGGCAAGAUGUCACCCGUGUGCCACAACUUCGUUCAGAACGCGUGGAAAAAGGAUUUCUGCUCGAACUGCUUCAAAUCAAGAGAGGAACACGUCAAGACCGAGAAAAAUCCAGAGGGCAGUAAAUAUUUGGCGACGCCGUUCCAAAACAGAAACACAUUCUUCAAAAAAACACCACCGAGUAUACUCAAAAUUCACUCAAAGAAAAAGAACAAGAGAAACGUAAGGUUUCCAGAAGAAGUAUGCAGUGUUAUAGGGUUUGGAGGUGACGAUUGGUCAGAUGGUGAAGAAUUCGAGGUCUCUGAAGAAAAUGAUGAUGAUGACAUAUUUCCUGAUACGGAGGAGGAGAGGGAACUACACAAAAUUACAAAAUCAAAUACAGAUUUCAACACUGUAAAAGCUAAUCUAUUAGGUGAAACAGUAGGAAAAUCUUAUACAUCACUGUUAUUAGGUAAGAUGCAAACUGACUCUGAUGGCAAAAAGAAGACUUUGUUAGUGUCAGUAACACCAUUUGGGCAAGAAAAUAAAGGACCAAGUGUUAAAUCGCAUAUUAGAAAAUGUAAUGGACCAGAUACUGCAGAAGAUACAGCAAGUUACAAAACCAACAUAGUUUUAGCAUCUUAUGUUAAGGAAACAGAAACAAUAAUUGGCGCAGAUAGUGCUACAAGCACAAUAUGCACAGAAAAGUCUCUUUUAGAAGAAAUAUCUGAAACACUGGGACCAAAAUAUAUAACGAAUAGCAACAGUCCCAAUACGCACAUGAAAUCUACAAAACCAACAGUGAUUGAUGAAAAGAUGAAAGAGAGCAUGCAAGAUGAAAGUGAUAAAAAAGAAAUGUGUGAAACCAAGAAAAAUAGUAUUGUCAGAAAGUCUCCUUUACUAAAAACACAAGAGAGACCAAAAGUAAACCUUAGUCGAUCAGAAUUCAAAUUUUGCAAGAUAAAUAUUGAAAACAGUAGUGUUGACUCGGCAGUAAGUACUUUGAAUUCCACUGCAAACAACUCGUUAGCGUCGGAUGAUGAGAGCUUUAGCGGACGGACAGAUUCAGAUAACGACGAUAGUGGUCAUUUCUCAGAACCUCCUAAGAAUGAAGAAACAGUUAAGAUAAAGGUGUUUAAUGAAGCUGAUAAAAAUAUCAAAAUGUCACCAAUUGGACAACUUCGGAAAGUAGAUGGACAGGCUAGUACCGGUUACUCGACAUUCCAAGGUCCAAUUAUUGAUAUGCCACAGAUAAUACCUAAACAACCUGAAACUGUUUUUUCGGCCGAAGCUAGUCGCGAAUUGGCUGGAGAACCAGAUGGACGAGCAGAUCCGGAUGAAACAAAUGAAGCUCCAGCCUUGCCCAAGAGCCCUGUCCCUACAAUGGACCCACGACCUUCCUUCCUUCAUGGAAUGAUCACUGACAUAAUGCCAGCGUCUAAACCAGCCGUGCCGGAAAAACCAAAAUUACCCAUAAAGCCAGUGAUAAAACAAACUACAAAGAAAAAUUCUAUUAUACCUCAUCAACAACAAAUAGCAAUGCAUUUGCAGCAUACUUCCAAAAAGGAGGAAGGAAAAGUUAUAAGAAUGACUGAUGAAAAGAAUAACGAAAUUACUGAAGUUCAUGAAGAGAAACCGGAGCCGCUUUACUAUGCUAAACCAGUUCUGACUAAGCAGGACAGUGAUACUUCAUUACAUAGUUUAAGCAAACGAAAGGCUCCCACGCCACCGUCAUCACCCACAGUGGAAGAAUAUGCAAAUAACUUGUACCAAAGAAAUCCUAGUGGAUUCACGAAGUCAGACUCGCCAGUCGUCAGGGAAAUGGAAAAGAGAAGGGCUACUUUAUCAUCUUUCCCUAAACCAAAACAAGUAGAGGAAGCCCCAGAAAUCAAAAAGGUAGAAGCGGUUCCAGAACCAGCACCGCGAAGAAAUAUUUCACUGUCCCACGAUAAUUUACUUCUCGAUGAGAAACGCAAAGGAAAAUAUAAGUUCUCCAUCAAAAAAUUACUACGCAUAGGUUCAUCUAAAGAUUUAGAUAAAAAAGAACUGAGUAUCCCAACGGUGGCUAAGGUACCUUACAAAACUGACGAAUCUAUCUACGACUUAACACCAAAACCAAAACCGCGGCUCGUCAUCAUACAUCCUCUAGAUAUAAACGGAUCUAAUGUAGAAGUUGUAAAGACGAGUGAAAAUUCGGACUCACGAAGACUGAGUCAUGAUGAUGUAUCAUCAAUAUACAGUGGAACUAGUUCUACAGCAGAUGUAGAAUCACCUAAAGUUGUAAACAAGCCUCCCCCACCUCCUAGGCUUUCUAGUGAGGAUUAUAAGACUGCUUCCAUUGUGCCAAAACCGGCUAGGCCACCGCCACCCAAAUCUGUCGCUUUACAAAAGAAACAAAAGCAACAAGCUUGGGCUACCAUGCCUAAUAAGAGUGACAAUAUUUAUGCGAAUUUAGAAAUCAGAUCAGCGUUAGCGCCCAGAAAACCCGAGCGAACAGCGAGCAUGCGUGAACGAGAAGCACAUUUAGAGCUGCCGAAGCGUAGAACUCCAAUAGACGACGACAAAGAUGAAGUAGAUGAUGGGCCUCAAGAAAUUGUACAAGCUACAAAUGAUACCGUCAUACAUAAUUACGAUGACGUCUAUAAUUCCGCUAAAUAUGAAGAAGAGAACAGUGAUUCAGCUAAAAACAGUGACAGCGAUUACGAAUACGUCAACCAUGCUCGAUCAAGUUCACCCGAAUGCGAUGCUGCUAUCAAACCCAGGGAAUCUAAUGCCGAAAGCAGAAUUGAACCAAGAAAAGAAGAGGCAGAGAAUUCUGAAUAUCCUAAAUACAACAACGGGUUUAACAGAUCAUCACUUCCGUAUUGCGGAAGCGAGACAGAGUCGGAGAUAUAUUCUCCAUACAGCUUCUAUAGCUCAACCGAUGCCAUGGAUAGUCCUACCAAUGAGGACUAUUCAAGCGAUAUGACGCCGAAAAAUACGACGAAUAAGUUAAGAGUGAGAAAAGGACGCAGCGUUGUGCACAAAAACUUGGAAGACAACUACGGAGCUGUUGUUAUUGCGAACCACGAAGCGCUUGCGCAAGUUUUAGAACAGGUCCAGCAAAGUGCGACCAUGCAGCCGUCUCUUCGAGGUCUGAAAGCGUGCACCAACCUCCGUUGGAGCGACUUCUCCAUCCAAUCUUCUGGGAAACUCGUCAAAGCCGGCAAAAGGAUCUUCUACCCAGCCAUCUGGAGUUCCAACCAGGGUCCAGUGAAUGUGACCCUGAUGCUGUACAAAGAUAUGGCUUCUCAGAUGAUCUGCCAGCAGUCGGUCCAGCCGCAGACGUUGAGUUUGAACGCAAUAACGGAGUUUUGCGAUUUGGUGCCAUUGCAACAGUUUGGGGAGGAGAGCGGCGAUUUGGUUCAAGCAACCAUAGUCGUCUUGGCCCACGCCCAAGUCGACACGAUCCAGUCUUACGGGGAAAGUCUCCACGCCGCCGAGGGGCUCAGUACAAAAGACCACCAGUUGGUCCAAACAGAACAGACCCACGAAGCCAUCUUUAUGAUGCUGCAACUUAUAAACGGGUUGAAAUGCCUCCAAGCCCGAGGGUUGGAGGAGAUACCAGAGAGCCUUUCAUCAUUUAUAUCGCUGAAGGAGAUACAACCGCUGGUGACGCAUGGAAGCACCCUGAAUCUGCCGUCUCCAGAUGACAGGUUGAAUUCUCUGUGGUCACCGAAAACGAAUUCUUAUGGGAGGCUGUGCAUAUUACAGGGAUUGAGCGAAGAGAUGAACUGCAAGAAAUCGGCUGACGAGGACCUCAAUUCCCUCUGUAAAUGUGCUACGAAAGCCCUCGAAAUCCUGCUACCAGGGGAAAAACUCACGCCUCUCCUCAAAGACGUAUUGCAAGAAGAACGGGCAAUAUCCUUGAACCAAGCCAAAUCUGUCCUGGAAUUUAUGCUUUGGGGUCCUUUAGAUGUAGUCCAAGGGGUGCCAGUACAAGAAAGAGAGUUGUCAUUACAAAGAUGGUUGGAUCUCGAAAGAGCAACGGUGUUACACGGUUUGGUCAGAACAAGAGUUCAACUGAACGUGUUUGAACAAUUACACCUUCUGUUUUUGGUGAGAUCUACGGCCAAAGCCAUGUGUGAUGCCUCUGUGCUGCUAGAAAAGGCGAAUGUGUAUUGAUUUGUAAAUUUAUUAAGCUUUAUUGUUUCUUGGUCUGUAUGUGAGUUUGGUUUGUACAGAUAUCAUUGAGAAUAGAAUUUAAAAAUAAAUAAUAAACAAGCCCUGAAGCUAGCUAGUUGGGUGGUGCAAAUCACACGCAAAGAUGAGAAAAAGAAUAUUGAGAAAAUUAUGAAAUAAAAUCAGUAUAAUAAUUAUGAAAUGAGACGACGCGUCUUAAUUUUUUAUAAUUCCAAGAAAUGAAUAAAAUUAGAAAAAUCUUAAAAUACUCUCUAACUAAUAUAAAACUUACAUAUAGAUCAAGAAAACCAAUCGUAGUUUUUAUAACUUGUUUUAAUUUAGUUGGGCACCUGAUAGAUUUUCUCGAAUUUAUCUUAACUGCAUUUAUAUAACGUUCCAAUAUUUAAAAGACAAUUUGUGUUACUGUACUUUUUAACAAAUAAGUCGUUAUAUUUCAAAUCCAAGUUGAUCUGACUAGAAAAAAAAACUUCUUAGCGCGAAGCGUCAUGGCAUGUAAUUAACCACAAUUAUUAUCGCAUCGAAUUUUUUUAUUUUUUUGCAAAUACUUUGUGAAUUUAGAAAUGUUAUUUGCCAAAAGGGGAAAACCUCUCUUAACUUGCGACGCGACACGACCAAAUUAUUUAAUGUAGAAAAAUUAUGUUUUUUUUCGUCCACAUAGUAAAGUCUGACUUUAAGAGAGUCCUUCACAAAAUAUAUAGACAAUAAUUCGUGCCUUACAAAUGUUAUUUAUUCUAGAUUCAAAUUGAUAUUAAUUAUACAUAUUUUGUUAUUUAAUAAUCUAAAAUCGAUGUAUUAUGUUUGAAACUAUGAUAUCUGAGGAAAUUGUAAUACGAAUGAAACUAAUAGGUAAUGUGUGAACAAAACAAAACAUUACUUAACAACAAAAUCUUAGAUAAAAUGUCUGAUUUUUGUAGAAGAAAUUUCUUCUUCAAUAUUCAACUGUAUUACAAUCUCCAUUUUUAUAAUCUUUAUUAAGACUAACAAUUUAGGUCUAGGUGCCAAUAAAAACUAAAGUCAUAUACUCACUUCCGGUGCCUUAUGUGUAAAAUACUUAGAAUUGUGUAAAUGUAAAUCUUGUAAUUUAUAUUAUGAGCUUGGUAGGUACUGAUGUCUGCUAUCCAUUGUUUAUAAUAAAUAUCAUCGAAUAUACAAAUAAUAACGAUC